AUGUAUUUCUUUUAUUUGCCUCUUUUAUUUUUCAUUUCUUGCAUAAAUGCUGGAGAUAUGCCAAUUAACGUAUGCAAUAUGGCGGUUCAACCGCCGCCAGCUCAGCCGCCUCAACCUCCUGCUGCUGUACAGCGUCCAACGGUCGAUCCAAACUUAUGCGCGGAUCUCGACCCACCAGCAUGUUCGGCCAUAUUCACAUUGGAGCAAGCAGGUGAUACACUUCGAGAUCAGCUUGAUAGGUAA